UUUUAUACGAUUUUACUAUUUUGAUAGCACUUUAUAAUGAUAUACAUUUCUGCAACUCAUAGACGUUAUUGCUUUUGCUUGCAACCUAUUUACUCGCUGUUAACUAGUGCUAGACGACGUUAGCGUUGAUGAAGUGCUCUGUGUUAAAGUAACGUUAUAGUUAGUGAUGUUAGAACUAAACUGCUCUGUUAUCAUAUGUUUAGCAAUGUCGACCAAAUCAGUAAUGACAACUGAGCCAGAUAUAUGAGUUAACGUCAACCAGCAAGUCAUUGGAAUGUCAAUGAGCAUAAUGUGCUAAUACAAACUUUUGACUCAGUGAUUCAGUAUCUGCUUUUUAUUCACGACCAGAGGACCUGAACGAUUGAGGGUAAUAAAAUAACGUUUAAUUAACUUAUUGAUAAGCAAUGCAACAUUUGUUCAAAACCAGUCAUUCAAGGUCAUCAGUACAUUCAUGCAUUCUAUUAGCCAGACAGUCAGUUGCUUGAGACCAGCCGCAGGAGGUAUGGACUGCACGGGUUCGGACGAGCUUGCUUUUUGGUCUGAAUGUGGACCAAGACCCGGGCGUUGACAAGCCCUACUAUGAUUAAUGUGUUUUGCAGGUGUUCUGUGUAAUACUAAAAAAUACCUAUGGCUAUAACAUUUGGCAUUUAGUUAUUGUCUUUCUUAUUACUCAGGGCCAAUUAACAGACAUCUUAAGCACAGCUCAAAACCUGGUGUUGCUGUUGAGAAACAGUGCACUGGCAAAUGUCAUGCCAGUCAGUCAGGGCAGUACAGGUGAAGCUGCUGUUGGACAGGGAGCACAGUCAGUGCCGACAGUGAGGCCUCAGCGCAAUGACUCUGGACAGUCUGUGAAACAAGAAAUGGCUCGGUCUUUUCCUGGAUUUUUCCGAAAGGAGGCAAGAGGCAAAAAGCGUUUUGCACCAUAUACACCAACACAACCUGGGAAGAGCUUUUUGGUGAACUUUUUUCUUCUUGAAAAGCAACGUGAAAAAACACCAAAUGGAGAAGAGGAACUGCAGCUUGUACUGGCUGGCCUUGGAAAACGUUCAUUAACCCUUAAUGAAAACAUCACACAUUCAGAGUUUUCAGAUUUGCUUUUGAGCGCAUAUCCAAGACUGGCAAAUAUCUGUGGAGGCUGGUUGCUGCACAAGUCCACAGGUGGGGGUGGGCAGCGGAGAUUGGCUGUUAUUCCUCCAGAUUUAAAUGGAUAUACCGGCCAGCAGCUAAAAGCAGUGAGCGGGAAUGGAAAAUACACAAUGUACAUUGCUCCUUUACAAGAAGAACUGGAUACAAUUCCUUUACCACCAGAAGCAAAGGAAUUUGAGAAGAUGCCCAAAGCUCAGUGUACAACCUGCAAGAAAAUGGUUCCGCUUCAGAUUCUUCCAGGACACAUAAAGGAAUGCAAAAAACAACUUGUAGAUUUGUGCGAUUCUGCUGAAGAAGAAAGCUGCAAGGAAGAAGAUGAAGAUGAAUGCUCAGCUGCCCUUUGCUACGAGAAAAGCAAGACAGCUGAGUGUCCUGUGUGCGGAAAUGCAUUUCAUCCUGAAAUCAUUGAGUUCCAUGCAGCCAGUUGCGGAUUACGAACUUCAGAUGAUGAUGGCCAUGAGUCAAGUGAUCCAAUCAGUACCUUUCAAAGUUCUGAGGAUAUCUUGAACUGGAUCGGUUCUCAAGUUGAUGAGACAAACACAUUUUCCAUCUGUGUGUCGCGAACUGAUCUCUACAACAGAGGCAUGCAACAGUGGCAACGGCAGAAGAAGACCUCACCCAAAUGUAGACUUAAGGUCACAUUCUUUGCCGAGGCAGGCAUUGAUAAUGGUGCCCUUACCAAAGAAUUCCUCACAGAAAUGCUGGUAGAAAUAGAAAAAAGACUCUUUGUUGAAGGUCCAGAUAAGAAAGGGAAGAAUCCCGUUUACUGCCUUAACAGUUUGGACUGUAAUUACUUCAGGACUGCAGGAGAAGUCAUGGCAGCUAGUCUGGCACAAGGCGGACCUUGCCCUAACUUCCUGCGUGAAUGGUGCUUCAGUUAUCUCUGCUCUGGUGACUCUGACAGCAUUCAAGUGUCUGCCAGUGAUGUCACAGAUUUGGAACUGUCACAGCUAAUUGUAAAGAUAAACACCGCCAAUGAUGACAACAUCAGCGACCUGAUUGGUGACAUUGUGACCUGCGGAUACACUGGAAUCGUGUCUGUGGAUAAAAGGGACAGCAUAAUAAGAGCUGUUAUACUUCACUCCACCAUGAGACUCAUCCCGAUGCUCGACCAGCUCAGAAAAGGCCUGCAGCUCUAUGAACUACCAAAGAUCAUGAAUACCCAUCAAGACCUUUGCCAACCACUGUUUGUUACAGGGGAAGAUGAUAAGGUAGAUGCAGUCUUCAUUUUGGAGAACAGCCGCCCUGUCUUCAGUGAGAUUGGUUCUGCCAAACACCGCAUGGAAACAAAUAUCAUGAACUUUUUCCAGGACUACCUUCAGGAAAUUGAGGAUUCUGAACAAGAUGGCCCAAGCAACAACAGUAUUGCUCCAGAAAGUUUGACUGUUGGACGAAUCAUGCAGUGGCUCACCGGACAGGGACACAAGCCCCUUCUGCCUAGUGAAAAGAAGGACUUUGUCAUAAAUGUGAAAUUCCACCAUGACUGUGACACACAGCACACUGUUUGUUUUCCUAUUGUCAGCGCCUGCAGUCGUACAGUCACAUUUCCCUCAGCACACCUGAAAACAUUCAGUGAAUUCAAAAACAUUAUGACAUUAGCAAUAUGCCAUGGGCAAACUUUUGACAGGGUGUAACAAGUAACUGCAUAAGUCAAAAUAGGCAUUGAAUUGUUUUGUUUUAUUGCCAUUUUAUUUGCCAUUUUCUUGUUUCUGUGAAUAACUUUAUUCAUUGUUACAAAACCAUUGUUUUGCUGUUAUUAAUGGUUCACUUUAAAACCAAAAUGAAUGAGGAGUUAGUUUUUUACCUCACUGUUACUCCCGUGAUAAAAUGAAGUAAUAUCACAGCAAGCCUUUUGUAACUGGCAGUCUGUUUGCAAAUGUUCAACUUCAUUCCAUUAAAUCUUUUGUAAGGACUGCUUA